CAGCAUACAUCUAUAUGGAUUUGAAUGGUACAAACGAAACAUUAUUAGCUAUAGGGCAAGAACCAGCGAGAUGGGGAUUUUGGAUACAACAGAUAAUAACCCCAAUCAUCGUAGUUGUUGGAAUCUGUGGAAAUGUUAUGUCGUUUUUAUUGAUGAAAACCAAGUCUCUCCGAAGGAAAUCUUACAGUCACUUCCUGUGUGCGCUGGCAGUAUUCGACAGCCUCUGUUUGAUAAAUCGGCAAAUAACAUUGAUUCACGAAAUGAUGGUUGACAAUGGAAAAGAUGGCGUCUUUACGUAUUACAGCGACCUCUCGUGUCAAAUGUUCAGCUUUUAUGAACACGUGUGUUACCUAAUGUCAUCUUGGCUAAUUGUUGGAAUGGCGGCUGAGCGGGUUAUAGCCAUGUGCUUGCCAUUCAAGAAACCCUUAAUCAGAACCCAAACAGGGGCAUGUGUGACAAUUUUUUCAAUAUUGGUGGUUAUGAGUUUCACCCAAAUAUUCCGUUUUAUUAUGAUGAAAAAUAUCGGUGGACUUUGUCAAGGUGAUACGUAUACGCAUCCGGAGUAUAUCGAACUCCAUAUCUAUUUUUAUCAACUGACACUGGUACUCACCCUUCCGUUUUUACUGGUUUUGGUAUGUAACACUCUAGUUAUUUAUCAGAUAUAUUGCGUGCGAAAAGCUGCUGUUAGUUUAACUCUGAGGUCACGUGUGGUAGCGAGAUCUCACAGGACAACAGUAAUGUUAUUAGCCAUUGCCUUCACAUAUCUUAUCACAAUGUUGCCAUUGGUGAUAAUAUCAUUUAUUUGGAUGGUUGCCAUGGAAAAAUCGAAUGUUCGGAUGUUUUUCUUUCUCUAUCCUAUUCAACAGUUUGUCUCGGUCAUAUCCCAUUGUAACUAUGGUGUUAACUUUUUUAUUUAUAUUUUAUCAGGUCGGUCUUUCCGGUUUGAACUAAGACGUGUAUUUUGGAUAGAAAGACGUUCAACCAUAUCAACCACAAAAACAAGGGAGGAAAUUAUGCGUCUUCAGUGAGAUUGUAAACGAGAGAGGUAACUAUGCGUGUACAGUGAGAUUACAAAAAGGGUGGAAAUUGUGCGUCUACAGUGAGAUUGUAAACAAAGGGGUAAAUUAUGCGUCUACAUUGAGAUUAAGAACGAGGCCGAAAUUAUGCGUUUACAGUGAGAUUGUAAAUAAAUGAGAAAAUUGUGCGUCUUCAGUGAGAUUGUAAACGAGAGGAAAUCAUGCGUGUAUAGUGAGAUUGUGUUAUUUUUUUAAAAUAUUAAACCAUGUGCAUGUGUUUGAUAUAACUCUGAAAUGGAAACAUCGCGCGUCUAAAGCGCUUUUCUGGAUUUACCUUCAACUAAAACGACCAAAGCCGGAUAUUUUGAAAGCUGAUUACUACAUUAUGUAUAAGAACCGAAAUAUGGUUGAGCUAUAUACCCAAGAAGAACCCAAAUUACUAGCAAAAUCUAUUUAUCUGGAGGUGAACUUUGCCUGGGGGGGGGAGGGGGUUGGAAUCUAAGAUUCUUAAUAAUUUCUUUAUACUAACAGACAAUUUGAGAGCUUGACCAAAUUCAAUGAAUAAAACACUUGGAAGUCUCUGGUACGUUUUUGUCAACCAAUAACUUUGACUUUGAUAUCAAGAGCUUUUAAGCAACACAGAUUGAUUUAGUUCGGUAAAAAGGCCUUACUUUUUAUCGAAUUGUUACCAAUACAUUACUAGCAUCCAAGUAGUCCCCCUUUCCAUAUCAAAUUCAUAGGGUUAUGUUUAGUCUAUCCUGAAAGAAGAUAGCAUUGUGUUGUCAGUUGAUUUUUAUUUUUUACAUGUAUAUAGGGCGCUCUAAAAAAUUUCAUUAAUAUCAUUAUUAUUGAUAAAGGGACGGCCAUUUGAUGCGGAAAGGAGGGGGGGGGGGGUAGUGAUUCGGAUUGCAUACCAAUUUUCAUCUUAUGCUGUUCUUUUUUCGCGACGUAGGAUUGUUAAACACCCAUUGCAAUUGGAUAGAAAUUCAUGGACAUUCUAGACUUUUAAUAAAAUUUUACAAGUAUUUUAAAUGCUGUUAUUAUGUUUUGAAUACAUGCUUAAACAUAAUAUUUAACCUCAUAU